GCUCUAUCGAUCGUUACGACCGAAGUGAUUGAUUGUUGGAUUCCGGAUACCCUGCAGGAAACAUCAUCCAUACUGCGGUUAUUGUGCUUGCUGGUGUUCUCAAUGGAAGUGAUUAUGUUGGUGUAGCCCCAUACCAAAGCUCCUUACAGUUAUUCAAAAGAUCCAAACGACACGUGGACACUAUCUGUGAUUACUACCAAAAAACCAUUCGAUCUUGUUUCGAUCGCGAAACUGUCGCCCGUGAUUGUAUUCCCGUGUGAAAACACGUAAAUUAAGGACUAGGACUUACGGUACCUGGCACCUGGCGGUGCUUACUGCUUACUAAAGGCACCCGGGAAUUGAAUGGUGCAUGUGCAACUGAUUGGUAGUGCGAGCUUGAUCCGUUGUUCCAGUUCACCCAAUUUGGCGAACUUGCUAUUCAACGUCUGUGAAGAUUGCGGCAAAAUGGCGUGCCUACCACAGUCAGCCUUCGCCGUGCACAAGAUCCGCCAAGCAGGGCAGCACGAAAAGGAUCUCACCGUCGCUCGCCUAGGCGGGGACAAGCAAAGUCCGAGAUACUUAAACAAGAGUACUCUCGACCUGACGCCGGUCAAAUAUAAUGGCAAGCUGAUGAACAGCAUUUGGGGCCUGUACAAUCGCUAUUCGCCGCACAACUUCAAGAAGAAUAAUGGAUCCUUCGGUGGUUUCUUUGGCAUGCAACAGCCAUUUGCUGUUGCAUGCUCGCCGGUGGAGAACACCCCGGCCCCCCUACCGACUAAAGAGAACUAGGGGGUCUCUAUCUAGGAUGCUCCCUUUCUUAAAAUUGCGAUUCGUCUCGCUGUAGCCAAGGCAAAAGCAGAAAGUAUAGUGCCUAGAAUUUAAAUGUGAUCUUUUGGAAUAAUACAUUUUAUAUUCUGUUUACGAAAUUUACGAUUUUUUUCAUUCAAAUUGUCCACAAAGUUAUCUUUCUGUUGGCCCCAUUCAACGCUUCGGUCACUCUUGGACGAACAAUCAGUUGACUCUUUCAGAUCCAGUUGAGUUUACCGAAGGAUUAGCACACUAUAAUUCACAUCUAAAUAAUUGUAAAACAAUGAAGAGAAUUCGUUAAAUAUAUACAACCAGUUUACUGCAAUAAAUGAUGAAAGUUUCAUAACAG